AUGUCGAACACUGCCAACACCAACAUGGCCACCAUCUCCCCUUCGAGCAAUGAGAGCGACAGUGAUGCACCUGAAGUUGCCAACACCGACCCGGCCGACACACCCCUAAACCAGCGCUGGAUGUGGGGCAAACCACUGAGCGAAAGCCAUCACACCAGCCCGUCUGAAAUCUCCUACAUAUCCGUGGAAGGAGACAUCGCGGCCUGGCUGCAGGGGAACAGAAUCUGCUGGCGGCGCCUCGACCACCAAGACGACAGCAACAGCGCCCCUCACGGCAUCCACAUAACCUUUACAGAACGGGAAUACCAGCCUUGGAAAGUCCUCGUCGCGAAGGUUAUCCCCGACGACCUCUGUCUGUACAUCCUCGAAAGGGCCCCGGGACCGGUAUCGGAAUCGGAAGCAAAUUCAGUAGAGUUCCAGCUGUUGAGUGAAUACGUGCUCAGCCUUGAAACAGGACACGAGAUCUGGUCCAGAUACCUAGUUCAGCGACGGGAAAAGAAAGAGGGGGAGGGAGACACCGUUCCGUUUGCCAUCGCCUACGGCAAGAUCUACCGGCGCGGCGGAGCCGAUCGACCCAGACUGGCCGUGAAUGAUCUGAAGACAGGCGCCUGGCUUAGGGACAUGCACAUGCCCGCCGCCGGCUACGGAGUCUUCCACGGGCCAUGCCUUGUCCGCGGCCGCGAAGCCCUCUUCAUGUCAAAGUCCAUUGACGACAACAACACCCGACAAGAACACACCUUCAUCGACGCGGAGACCGGAACCGUCCUGCAGACCCUUUCCAUCACGACCUCGGCCCGCCCGGGCUGGACACGAAACUACGUCUUCUCCGACCUCCCAAGCCAAAAAGGGACAGCCUUCGCGGAGAUCGUCCACAGCCGCAAAGUCCCCGGUCUACCAUGGGCCGCAGAGAUAACGAAAUACGAGCACGACUCUGAGGGCAAGUUUGUCGCGGGCGACAAGAACACCCUGCACAUCCAUUUCAGCGAGGCGCGGAUGCACGAGAAGAUCGUGCUCGACCCGUUCCGGAACUGGCUUGUUUUCGUGCACGCGGAGACGGGCUGGGUCGUUACGUGCUUCCUUGAGCCGCGCGGGUGGCCGCGGCCGUGCUUUUUCUUAACGGUGGCUGGUACGCAGGAACAGGAACUGAUCGAGAUGGAUUUGUGCAUUGGGUCGGACAAUUAUAUUCACCCUGAGACGGAGAAGUUUACGAUUGGGACGGGGGCUGAGGCUGUGCUGGAGGAUGUUUAUAUCCAUCGGGAUACGCUGAUUGUCGCUAGUAGGAGUAUUGGGGAUGGGAACGCUCCUACAAAGAGCUCUGUGCACUUUUUCGACUACUAG